AUGGCUACUAGCAGUAGCGACUUUAAACUAGCCGGACUCGCUGCGGGAUUCACCUUGGGAUUUGGGUUUCUGACAGUGUGGAAUGCUAUAAAACAGACGCGAGCUCACCCAUCACCACUUCGAAGUCCGUAUUUGAUUAUGGUAUGGGGGGAGAUACUCGUUAACCUGGCCAUUGGUGUGAUUGCCUGGCUCUUUCUAGAGCAGGUCAUUCCAUUAGGGAUUCCGGUUUUAUUUAGCAUUCUGUUCUUGUGGGCCUUCGAGAUCCAUUUUCUCAUGCAAAUUCUUGUGAAUCGGGUCAUGGUCGUUGCUGCAAAGAAAAGCAAAGUAAUUGCUAUUAAAUGGUGGACUGCUGCAAUUAUCACCCUCAUCAAUAUUGCAGUCUUCUGUAUUUGGAUCCCUGCUCAUUUGGACCCUCCUGUCUCAGAAGUAUUUGUAACCAUCAACAAAUACUGGGAUCGCAUCUCCAAGAUUCUUAUUCUUCUUGUAGAUGCAACUUUGAAUGUCUGGUUUACGCGGAGCGUUAAAAAGCGACUAAUUGAGCGCCACGGUCUGUCCAAGUACACCCCACUAUUUCGAUUCAAUACUCGUUUGAUAGUCUUAUCAAUCUGCUUGGACGGACUAAUUAUUGGCCUCAUGUCACUUCCUAACCAGCUUGUCUAUAUCCAGUUCCACCCGGUGGUAUAUUUGGCAAAGCUCAACAUUGAACUCGCCAUGGUAAACCUCUUGAAGCAUGCUGUACAAACUCCUGUUAUGGGUAACGCUGCAGGAGCUAGUGGCAAGUCAGAACCCUGGUCUUGGUGUUCUGUGUCGUCCACUCAUGGUUAUGCACUGGGAGAUAGAAGGCGCUCUGCGGAUAAAAGUCAGGCUCAUGUGAAUUAUCAUCAACAAAAGGAUGGUCAUAUUUACAAGACAACCGAUAUACAGGUGGUUGUCGAGUGA